AUGGGAGCGACGUCGGUCGCUGUCAUCGGUGCCGGGCCCGCAGGGUGCAUGCUGGCCAGGAUGCUACAUCGCGGGGGUGUGCAUGUCACUGUGUUUGAGGGCGAGGCGUCGCCCGACUUUCUCGGCCAGGGAGGAACGCUGGACCUGCACACAAAGACGGGCAUGGCCGCCAUGAGAGCGGCCGGUCUGUUCGACGAGUUCGAAUAG